ACAAACAGAGUUUUUUUCCAGCAAACUCAGCCCACCCGUCGCGUAUAAAAGGCGCGGGGCUGGCCUGGUUUUCAUCUGCACUUUUCCCAAUCGGUAACAACGCCAGAAUCCCACAGACAUGAAGGCUGUCGUGUCUUUGCUCCUCAUUGGAUGCCUCGCCUCGGCACUGGCAGCUCCUCCGGUGAAAUGGUGCGCGCAGUCUGAAGCAGAGAAGAAGAAAUGUGACGACCUAGCGGGCAAAAAUGAACUGAAGGACCUUUUGACGUGCGUGCAGAAAGAAGGGGCAGAUGGUUGCAUAAAAGCCAUUAAGGCUAGGGAUGCAGAUGCUGUUACCCUAGAUGGAGGUGAUAUCUACCAUGCUGGACUCGAAAACUACGACCUGCACCCGAUCAUCGCCGAGGACUACGGCCCAGGUUCUGACACCUGCUACUACGCUGUUGCCGUGGCAAAGGUGGGCACCAACUUCGGGUUCAAUGAUCUGAACAGGAAGAAGUCAUGUCACACGGGCCUGGGGAAGUCUGCUGGUUGGAAAAUUCCCAUCGGUACUCUGCUAGCUCAGAAUCGGAUCUCCUGGGGUGGAAUCGACGAUGAAAGUCUUGUGAAAGCCGUGUCAGAGUUCUUCUCUGAAAGUUGUGUUCCGGGAGCUGACCAGGAUAUGCACGCUAAGAAGUACAACAACCUGUGUAGUCUGUGCGGGAACGACUGCUCCCGUACACACAAGAAUCCCUACUAUGACUACAGUGGAGCCUUCAAGUGCCUGGUGGAGCGUGGUGGUGAUGUAGCCUUUGUGAAACAUACGACAGUCCCAGACUCAGAGAAAUCAAAAUACGAGCUGCUGUGUAAGGAUGGCACCAGGAAGAGCGUCAAUGACUUUGCUACAUGCUACCUGGCCAGAGUGCCCGCCCAUGCUGUGGUCAGCCGUAAGGACGCAGACCUGACUGAACGUAUCUGGCAAAUGCUUCAGACAGCCAUGAAAUUUUCCCUUUUCUCGUCCACCAACUACAAAGCCAAGGACCUGCUCUUCAAAGACUCCACUGUCAAACUGGUCCAGAUUCCCAAGAGCACAGAGAGCUUCCUUUACCUGGGUGCAGAGUAUAUGAGCAUCGUCCGCUCGCUGCAGAAAGCUGGCACUGACAUGAAGCGGGAUGCCAAGGAGGUGAAGUGGUGCGCGGUGGGGCUUGAGGAGACCAAAAAAUGCGAUAACUGGGGCUCAAGCAUCGAUGCAGACUCUGGAAAAGACAAGAUCAGCUGUGCUACUGCACCCACCGUGGACAACUGCAUAAAAAAGAUCAUGCGUAAAGAGGCAGAUGCCAUGACGUUGGAUGGAGGGGAGUUGUACACUGCGGGGUUGUGUGGCCUGGUUCCGGUCAUGGCGGAGCAGUAUGAUGAAGCUAAAUGUAGUAAUUCUGGAGAUACCCCCGCCUCCUCUUACUAUGCUGUUGCCGUGGCGAAGAAGGGCACAGGCUUCUCCUGGGCUGACCUGAGGGGCAAGAAGUCGUGUCACACUGGAAUGGGGCGCACUGCGGGCUGGAAUGUCCCCAUGGGUCUCAUCCACAAGGACACAAAUGACUGUGAAUUCUCCAGUUUCUUCAGCGAGAGCUGUGCCCCUGGGGCCGACGAGGGGUCCAGUCUGUGCAAACUGUGCGUCGGCAAGGGAAAGGACAACGUGGGAGGCGUCAAGUGCAGAGCUAGCACAGAGGAGCUUUACUUUGGCUAUGCCGGAGCGUUCAGGUGCCUGGUGGAGGGUGGUGGUGAUGUAGCCUUUGUGAAACAUACGACAGUCCCAGACUCAGAGAAAUCAAAAUACAAGCUGCUGUGUAAGGAUGGCACCAGGAAGAGCGUCAAUGACUUUGCUACAUGCCACCUGGCCAAAGUGCCCGCCCAUGCUGUGGUCAGCCGUAAGGACGCAGACCUGGCUAACCGUAUCUGGCAAAUGCUUCAGACGGCCAUGAAAUUUUCCCUUUUCUCGUCCACCGACUACAAAGCUAAGGACCUGCUCUUCAAAGACUCCACUGUCAAACUGGUCCAGAUUCCCAAGAGCACAGAGAGCUUCCUUUACCUGGGUGCAGAGUAUAUGAGCAUCGUCCGCUCGCUGCAGAAAGCUGGCACUGACAUGAAGCGGGAUGCCAAGAAGGUGAAGUGGUGCGCGGUGGGGCAAGAGGAGACCAAAAAAUGCGAUAGCUGGUCCUCAAGCAUCGAUCCAGACUCUGGAAAAGACCAGAUCAGCUGUGCUACUGCACCCACCGUGGACGACUGCAUCAAAAAGAUCAUGCGUAAAGAGGCAGAUGCCAUGACGUUGGAUGGAGGGGAGUUGUACACUGCGGGGUUGUGUGGCCUGGUUCCGGUCAUGGCGGAGCAGUAUGAUGAAGCUAAAUGUAGUAAUUCUGGAGAUACCCCCGCCUCCUCUUACUAUGCUGUUGCUGUGGUGAAGAACGGCACAGGCUUCUCCUGGGCUGACCUGAGGGGCAAGAAGUCGUGUCACACUGGAAUGGGCCGCACUGCGGGCUGGAACGUCCCCAUGGGUCUCAUCCACAAGGACACAAAUGACUGUGAAUUCUCCAGUUUCUUCAGCGAGAGCUGUGCCCCUGGGGCCGACGAGGGGUCCAGUCUGUGCAAACUGUGCGUCGGCAAGGGAAAGGACAAAGUGGGAGGCGUCAAGUGCAGAGCCAGCACAGAGGAGCUUUACUUUGGCUAUGCCGGAGCGUUCAGGUGCCUGGUGGAGGGUGGUGGUGAUGUAGCCUUUGUGGAACAUACGACAGUCCCAGACUCAGAGAAAUCAAAAUAUGAGCUGCUGUGUAAGGAUGGCACCAGGAAGAGCGUCAAUGACUUUGCUACAUGCUACCUGGCCAGAGUGCCCGCCCAUGCUGUGGUCAGCCGUAAGGACGCAGACCUGGCUGAACGUAUCUGGCAAAUGCUUCAGACAGCCAUGAAAUUUUCCCUUUUCUCGUCCACCAACUACAAAGCCAAGGACCUGCUCUUCAAAGACUCCACUGUCAAACUGGUCCAGAUUCCCAAGAGCACAGACAGCUUCCUUUACCUGGGUGCAGAGUAUAUGAGCAUCGUCCGCUCGCUGCAGAAAGCUGGCACUGACAUGAAGCGGGAUGCCAAGGAGGUGAAGUGGUGCGCGGUGGGGCAUGAGGAGAUCAAAAAAUGCGAUAGCUGGUCCUCAAGCAUCGAUCCAGACUCUGGAAAAGACCAGAUCAGCUGUGCUAAUGCACCCACCGUGGACGACUGCAUCAAAAAGAUCAUGCGUAAAGAGUCAGAUGCCAUGGCGUUGGAUGGAGGGAAGUUGUACACUGCGGGGAUGUGUGGCCUGGUUCCGGUCAUGGCGGAGCAGUAUGAUGAAGCUAAAUGUAGUAAUUCUGGAGAUACCCCCACCUCCUCUUACUAUGCUGUUGCCGUGGUGAAGAAGGGCACAGGCUUCUCCUGGGCUGACCUGAGGGGCAAGAAGUCGUGUCACACUGGAAUGGGCCGCACUGCGGGCUGGAACGUCCCCAUGGGUCUCAUCCGCAGGGACACAAAUGACUGUGAAUUCUCCAGUUUCUUCAGCGAGAGCUGUGCCCCUGGGGCCGACGAGGGGUCCAGUCUGUGCAAACUGUGCAAGGGAAAGUACAACAGGGGAGGCGUCAAGUGCAGAGCUAACACAGAGGAGCUGUACUACGGCAACAGCGGAGCUUUCCGGUGCCUGGCGGAGGUUGGUGAUGUUGCCUUUGUGAAACACAAAACUGUGGGAGAGAACAGUGAUGGAAAUGGUCCCUCCUGGGCGUCGGCCCUGAAGUCUGCUGAUUUUGAGCUGCUGUGCCUUGAUAAUACAAGGGCCCCGGUUUCUGACUACGUGAAAUGUCACCUGGCCAAAGUGCCCGCCCACGCCGUCGUGACCCGGCCCGAGAUGCGGGACCAGGUGGUGGCUGUCCUGAAGGACCAGGAGAGCCUGUUCGGAAUCAACGGCUUCAACACUGGCUUGUUUAAGAUGUUCCAGUCCGAAGGGAGUAACCUCCUCUUUGAAGACUCCACCAAGUGUCUCCAGGAGGUGAUUAAAGGCCAGAGUUUCAAGGACUUCCUGGGGAAAGAAUAUUACGACGCUGUGACCUCGCUCAAGACUUGCUCCACCAGCGUGUCAGGCCCCACAGAACUGGAGAAGGCCUGCACUUUCCACACCUGCCAGCAGAAGGCGUAGAAGAGCAUCACUCACCCUCACAAACCCCCUGUCUUUGGCAGUUCGCCAACCAUCUGCAUGCAAGGGGGCAGGGAGUUCUUUGUUUUGUUCAGCUUCUGGUUGAUUCUGAAAAAAUGUACAAAACGAACACAUAAAAACUCUGCAAUAAUAAACUGCUACAGCACGGUACCUAGAACCUGAAAGGCUUUUAUCAACCAUUA